AUGGCGGGCAUAAAUGCGGAGUUGAACGACGAGCACGCCGACGACGCGACAUGGGUCUUGACCAGCAGCUUCUGUAUUUUGACGAUGCAGAGCGGCUUCGGGAUGCUGGAGAUGGGAAGCUCGUCGAAAGGCCACGAAGUAAAUAUCGUGCUCAAGAACAUCUUCGAUGUUGUUUGUGGUGCGAUGGCUUACUACAUGGUAGGCUAUGGCCUGUCUUAUGGUGAACCAUCAAACUGGUUCGUGGGUCAGGGCGAUUUCUUCGUGGACGCCAAUGAUGGCGACCACAUGGACACGGGACUGAUCCACAGCAGGUACAUCUUUCAGUUCAGUUUCGCUGCCACCUCGACGACGAUCGUCAGCGGGUGUCUUGCGAUGAGAUGUCGUUUCCUGGUCUACUGCUUCUAUUCGUUUUAUUCUGUCAUCGUGUAUGCCUUCGUGGCACACUGGGAGUGGGCCCCUAAUGGCUGGCUGAAACAACUGGGUGUGCACGACUUCGCCGGGAGCGGUGCUGUGAGCCUUCUGGGAGCCAUGAAUGGUCUCAUCGGUAUCCUGUGGCUGGGCCCCAGAUUGGGGCGCUUCGAUGGGACCCGCCUCUCCACGGACUUUAAGCCAUCUUCUCCGACGACCAUCCUCUUUGGAUUGUUCAUGCUCUGGUGGGGGUGGAUUGGCUUCAACUGCGGGAGCUCGUUUGGAAUCACAAAGCUCCUCCUCUGCAGCCCGUGGGCUCCCUCUAAGGGGGUUUAG